AUGAGGAAUGCAGAUGAAACUAUGCAGCUGAUACUUCAACGUACUACUUCUGCCCUGAAGUUGAUUAGUACACUAACGGAUACUAUGCAAGUUUUUUGUCGCAUGUAUUCUAAUUCUUAUGCAAGACCCUGUGACAAUCACCGUUUUGCGCUGCGUGAUCAAGUUGGUUCCGAACGUUCUAUCAACGAUAGCGCUCCGUUUCUUAAACGUCUUGACGAUUUACAACUUAAUCUGACCAACCUAUUUGAAUCGAUACUCGACGACAAAAACAAGCGACCUCGUACAAGCAGCACAGGCCGACCCUCCCUUGCACAACCGGACAAGAUCCAGAAAGUCGACGUUCCAGUAUUUAAUGAUUCUAUUUCAAACAUUAUAGUUCCGCUUGUUUCAGAAACUAUCGAGACCGAUAUUCCAACUACUAUUGCUGCUGAUGAACUUAUGCCAAUAGAUAUCGCCACUAGCACCGUAGACAUCGGCACUGUUCCUCCAUCCCCACCACUUACUGCAACCACCAAUAUCUGCAAUACCAGUACCGCUCCUUGCCCACCGCUGACUUCUUCAACACUGCCACCAGUACUCCCAACAACCCACUCAAAUAGACCAAAUUUUUUGCCACUUCCGACCGCCACUAUGACACCUGUAAUCACUGCGAAUCAACAUCAAUCCACUACCACUGCUAUUACUGUAACUACUACGAAUUACAUCCAACCAGCUGGUACUACGAACACCACCGCCUCGUUUGGAAAUGCUUGCACUUCAACCGCUAGCAGACCCUUCAUUCCUAUUCACGGUGACAAUGGAUCAAAUGACAUCGGAUAUACCGCACGAAACAACCAAACGACUCCUAUUCUGCAACACAUCAUUCCGGCGCAAUCAAAUUUGAACGUUACUCCAGCUAACACGGCACAGGUACCAAUGAAAAUUUCUAAACAACCAAAAGUAUCUGUUUUAUCCAACAUUCCAUACGUAGGACCUAUUCAGUUUAAAUUGACUCCAAAUAGCAACAAUCAGAUAAACAAUAAUUUAGCACCUCCCCCGUUACCCACUAGGAAUACCUCAUCACUAGCUAAUAGGCAGAUAACUGCCCUUCAGGUCGCCCUUCCCACACGUCCGAUCUUGAGUACGAACAGCAAUAGAAAUUGGUAUUAUUUAACAAAGUUUCUACCAAGCGAGUCUGAAGACAAUAUUAUAAAUUAUGUACAGUAUCAAACAAAUUGUGAUCGUAGCCAAAUUCUGUGCUUCAAACUUGUUAGCCAAUAUCAGGAUAGACCAUUAUCAUUCAUCUCUUUUAAACUAAGUGUUCCAGAAGCUUUCGAACAUGAAAUCACGGCUCCGACGUUUUGGCCCCGUGUCCCACUAGGAAUACCUCAUCACUAG